UUUUAUCUUAGCUCCAAGUAUUUGCAAGCAUGAAAGCUAAAGCUACAGAGCAAACAUCCAAUUAAAUGUCUUGAUACAAGCCAAAAAAAGUAGAAAAACAAAAAGACGACCAAUCUUCGCAUGCGCAAAACGUACAUGAUAAGUUUAAUAAACCUAUUACUUAUUCUACUCGUCCUCAACGAUACCACCGCCUGUUUAACCAUCGACACCCUUUUCCGGCCAUUUCACAUGUUUAAUAUCCGUGGUGAUGCGGCAUGCUUUCAAUCCUCGCUCUAUCUUCUACCGACCAACCGCUGCUGCGAUAACAAGGCGCACCUUUUCGUCGAAACACCUCGAUGAGACAAACCUGAAGGCGAUAGGCCCUACAGCGGAAAAGCUCGCUGGCACGGGAGUAUGGAGAGACGCUACCAAGGGUUCGCAGAAGGACAACGGCAAGGAAACUAAAGCUAAGGUGAAAGGCGACAAGACCAGAGUCAAUGUCGUCAGCGACGAGCUAUGUGACGAUGUUAUCUCAUAUAUUGGGAAAACGCUCAGGCGACAUAGAGGGUGCGACCUCAUUGAUAUUUAUCCUGGUGCCGGGGUUUGGAGCCAGAAACUACACGAAUUUCUUGACCCGCGCACACACAUCUUGAUGGAACCCGAUGAAGAACUGUACAGGCCCUUUCUCAAACCCCUCCUUGACCGACCCAACACUAAGCUCAUUCCCGCGUCUGGGCUCGUCUGGCGGGAGCUUAACUCUGUCCUAACCCCUGAACACCUACCUCACCAGCCCGCACCCGAUGCGGCUAACCUAAAUCAGCGCAACGACACUCUCCUAGUCACCGCAAACAUUGCUUUCCACCCUCGUAAGGGCUUCCGCGCGUUCACGUCUAUCGCGCAUCUAAUUCUCUACCAGUUGAUCGAUUCUAUCAGGAAUAGCGGCUUAUUUCAGCGUUAUGGGCUUGUCCGCAUGUUGAUAUGGGCUCGUUGCGACGACAUACACGGGCUGAUCCCCAAAGUUAUGCAGAAGCGGAAGAAGCUGGCCGUGGAAACCGAGCUGUACUGCGAAUGGGUGCGCGAGGUGUGUGGCCGUGAUGUUCCAGAAAGCGUUUGGUUUCUUCGCGACAGCCUUAUCGACGAGAGUAGCAACCUUACCACUUGGAGGAACAUGCAAGCCAAGAAGUAUAUGAUGCCCGCCAACAGGGCUUCCGCAGGCCUAUUGGAGGCCCGCAGGAACGCGAAGUCAAAGAAAAUGCUUAUACCGGGAGCAAAGCCCCCUGAGUUCAAGAGACCUUUCCUCGACGUGUUGGACAAUCUUGAGAGAACCCACGCCACAGAAUUGUUUGAUAAAAACUCGACUCAGUAUAAGAAUAUGCAGACCUAUCGGUGGAGGGCCAACUGGGAAGCAAAAAAGUAUCAGACAAUGUUCGAAAUGAUGAAGGAGUUCGAUGCUAUCCAUAAGCUCUACAAGUCGGGCAAGGCGUCACCCGAAGAAAUUGAAGCUCGCGAGAAAGCAUGGCAAUCCCACGUGGAUACCCAUGCUAAGGGGCUUAUUCAAGAAUUUGGCACUUACAAGGACAACCUCCACUUCUACCGACAAAAGCCACCCGUACUCCAUUGGGAUCGCAGAGAAUACGAGCCGCUGGCGUUAGAGCCUGGGGAAUUCUUUCCAAACAUCGAAUGUAGUCUGCUGGAUAUCCAGCCAAAGAGCGUUCAUCCGCUGCUCCGCCAGCUAGGCCCGAAUUCGAGUAGGGCGGGUGAUAUUUUCGAAGUACUUUUAAACACGUUGGUGGGCCACGGUACCAUUCCUAUCAGUCAGGCUUUGGAUGCCCUGAUGCCAGGGGCCGCCGAUUACAUCAUACCCCGCUGGACGAGCGCCAGAGAUUUGAACCACGGUGGGGUUAUGUGCAAGGCCAAAACUGCAGAGCUGACGCCGAGGUUACUGAAUGCGCGGCAGUGGGAGCAGCUUUUGGAGCUCUGGAUGGAGUGGCCUUUCCGCCCCGAGUUCCACGAACUUGUUGCUCGCACUCACGACGAGUUAGGAGACGAGGCGAAUAUUUUUGCAUCCGAAUAAGUCGGACAAGAGGUGGUGUAUUUCGAUGUAGGCAUGUUACGAUAGGUGGCGGAAUUGACGAGGCCGGAUACCGUAGGACUGGAUCAAAAGUUCCGAUUUGCUAGAUAGAUGUACAUCAGGUCCCUCAGCCACGGCGGUAAUCUGUAUCUUUAGCGAGACUAUGGUGUUAUGGCCAAAUGACAUGGUAAUCGCAUCGUGAGACCCGGGCUUGGUGGAAUAACACGUUUUCCUAAAUUUUACAUAGUAUAUCCAGGGUGAUCAGAACUUUAUCUUGAUGAUUGCCAUGAACCUGUUAAAUCUGGCUUCUGGAACGUUGAUACUAUUAACUACCUAAUUUAUUAGGUAUAUAGAAGAUGGGAUUGGGUUGCAUCCGAAAUUGAGGUUAACCUGAAGCUACCUACCUGUAGUAUCUGAUGUCUUGCCCAUUCCUUAAAGCUACUCUUACAUCAUCUGUGGGAAAUUUCAAGACGAAAGGAGAUUCGAGCUCCGCAAGAA